GCGCAGUAGACCACUGGGUGUAGUCUGGAGCCCCGUCUCUUCCUGCAGGAGUUUGGAGUUGCAUGGCGGCGAGCACACACGGACUCUCACGGACUCUCACGGACUCUCACGCACAGCAGCAGCCGGGACAGCAGCUCGGGACCAUCUGCCGGUAACCGGGUAGUUUACCGACAACCGUUUGGGGUCAAAGUUCGCGUGAGUUCGCAUAAAGUUUGGGUCUUUUAGUUGUGGUCCGGAGACGACUGGAAGAGCAAUGCGCGUGCUGAUCCGGGCUCUGGUGGCCUGGAGCUGGGUGGCGCUGUGCGCGCGCGCGGCCAUGGACGAGUGCUCGGACGAGCAGGAGCGCGCGCAGCGCUGCAUGCCGGAGUUCGUGAACGCCGCCUUUAACGUCACGGUGGUGGCGACCAACACCUGCGGGGCCCCGCCGGAGGAGUACUGCGUGCAGACCGGCGCCACCGGGGUCACCAAGUCCUGCCACAUCUGCGACGCCCGGGACCCCCGGAACCACCACAGCGCCGUGUACCUGACCGACUACAACAACCAGCAGGACACCACCUGGUGGCAGAGCCAGACCAUGCUGGCCGGGGUCCAGUACCCCAACGCCAUCAACCUCACCCUGCACCUCGGUAAAUCCUUCGACAUCACCUACGUGAGGCUCAAGUUCCACACCAGCCGCCCGGAGAGCUUCGCCAUCUACAAGCGGACCAGCGAGGCGGGCCCCUGGGUGCCCUACCAGUACUACAGCGGCUCCUGUGAGAAGACGUACCGCAAGCCGGGCCGCGGCUUCAUCCGCACCGGAGAGGACGAGCAGCAGGCGCUCUGCACCGACGACUUCAGCGACAUCUCGCCGCUCACCGGGGGGAACGUGGCCUUCUCCACGCUGGAGGGCCGGCCCAGCGCCUACAACUUCGACAACAGCCCCGUCCUCCAGGACUGGGUGACGGCCACCGACAUCAGAGUGACCCUGAACCGGCUCAACACGUUCGGAGACGAGGUCUUCAACGACCCCAAGGUCCUCAAGUCCUACUACUACGCCAUCUCUGACUUCGCUGUGGGGGGAAGGUGUAAGUGUAACGGCCAUGCCAGCGAGUGUGUGAAGAACAGCAGAGGACGGCUGGUGUGCAACUGCAAACACAACACGGACGGCGACGACUGCAACGUCUGCAAACCGUUCUACAACGACCGGCCGUGGAGGAGGUCGAGCGCCGACAGCUCCAACGACUGUCUGCCCUGCGACUGUAACGGGAAGAGCUCCGAGUGUUUCUUCGAUGCCGAGCUGUACCGGGCCUCAGGUCACGGGGGUCACUGCACCAACUGCGCCGACAGCACGGACGGGCCGAACUGUGAGCGCUGCCUGGACCACUACCACCGGGAGGCCGGCGGCAGCCGCUGCCUGCCCUGCAGCUGCAACACCGUCGGCUCGGAGUCUCCUCAGUGUGACAACAGAGGAGUGUGUGCGUGUAAACCCGGCGUGACCGGAGAGAAGUGUGACCGCUGCCAGUCGGGGUUCCACAGUCUGACGGAGGCCGGCUGCAGGCCGUGUUCCUGUUCGCCCUCUGGCAGCACUCAGGAGUGUGACGUGAACACAGGACAGUGUCGCUGCAAAGACAAUGUGGAGGGCUUCAGCUGCGACAGGUGUAAACUGGGCUUCUUCAACCUGGACCCCAGCAACCCUCAGGGCUGCACCGCCUGCUUCUGCUUCCAGCACUCGUCCGUGUGCGACAGCGCCGAAGGCUUCAGCGUCCACGCCGUCCGCUCGUCCUUCUCCAGAGAUGAUGAGCAGUGGACCGGUCAGCAGCGCGAUGGUUCCAGUGUCUCCGUCCAGUGGUCUCCCAGUGGACAGGAAGUGUCCCUCAUCUCAGACGACUACUUUCCCAUGUACUUCGUAGCCCCAGAGAAGUUUUUGGGGAACCAGAUGCUGAGCUAUGGACAGAACCUGAGUCUGAGUUUCCGGGUCGCCCGGCGGGACACCCGGCUGUCGGCGGAGGAUCUGGUCCUGGAGGGAGCCGGCCUCAGGGUGGCGGUCCCCCUCAUCGCUCAGGGCAACGCCUACCCCAACGAGAACAUGCAGACAUACGUGUUCAGGCUCCAUGACAGCACAGACUACCCCUGGAGGCCGACCAUCAGCCACCCAGACUUCCAGAAACUCCUCCACAACCUGACCGCCAUCAAGAUCCGUGGCACCUACAGCGAGAAGAGUGCCGGUUACCUUGACGACGUCUCCUUGGUAACAGCGAGGCGGGCUCCAGGUGUGCCGGCCCACUGGGUGGAGCGCUGCACUUGUCCUCAGGGUUACCAGGGGCAACACUGUGAGCAGUGCACUCUGGGAUAUCGACGUGCCCGUCCGGAGCUCGGGGCCUUCAGCCCCUGUGAGCCCUGCAACUGUAACGGACACAGCGAGGCCUGCAACCCCGCCACUGGAGCGUGCGACUGUCGGGACAACACGGCCGGUCUCAGCUGUGAGCGCUGUAAAGACGGUUUCUAUGGCGAUGCCACCCGCGGGUCGUCUGACUGUGAGCCUUGUCCCUGUCCGGCCGGAGCCACAUGCGCCGUCGUGCCCUCUACCAGAGAGGUGGUCUGCACCAACUGUCCCACAGGAACCACAGGGAAGCGCUGCGAGCUCUGUGACGACGGCUUCUUCGGCGACCCGCUGGGUCAGAGCGGGCCGGUCCGAUCCUGCCGCGCCUGCAAGUGCAGCGACAACAUCGACCCGAACGCCGUCGGGAACUGCGACCGCGAGACCGGAGAGUGCCUCAAGUGCAUCUACAACACCGACGGCUUCUUCUGCGACCGCUGCAAGGACGGUUUCUACGGCAACGCCAUGGCCGGCAGCGCCGCCGACAAGUGCAACGCCUGUUCCUGCUCUGCGUUCGGUACGGUGGGUCGACAGACCGGCUGCUCUCAGGUCACCGGUCAGUGUGAGUGUCUGCCCAACGUGGCGGAGCGUGACUGCGGCGCCUGCCAGCCCGGCUUCUUCAACCUGCAGAGCGCCAGCGGCUGUGAACGGUGCAACUGCAAUCCGAUUGGCUCCACCAACGGCCAGUGUGACAUCACGUCGGGGCAGUGCGAGUGUCAGCCCGGCGUCACCGGCACACACUGCGAGCGCUGCGAGGUCAACUUCUUCGGCUUCAGCUCGUCGGGAUGCAAACCCUGUGACUGUGACCUUGAGGGCUCCCGGGCCGCUCAGUGUGAGGAUGACGGUCGCUGUGCGUGCGCUCGCGGCUUCGUGGGCGCACGCUGUGACACGUGUGAAGAGAACUUCUUCUACAACCGCUCGGCCCCCGGCUGCCAGCUGUGCCCGUCCUGCUACAGCCUGGUCCGGGACAAGGUGAACCAGCAGAGGCAGAAGCUCCAGGACCUGCAGACCCUGAUCGACCAGCUGGGCUCGGGUCACGACACCGUCAGCGACCAGGCCUUCGAGGACCGGCUGAAGGAGGCCGAGAAGGCCAUCAUGGAGCUGCUGGAGGAGGCUCGGGCCAGCAAAGACGUGGACCGUGGUCUGCUGGACCGCCUGAGCGGCAUCAACAACACUCUGACGACGCAGUGGAACCGGCUGCAGGGCAUUCGCAACACGGUGGACGCCACCGGCACGCAGGCCGACCGCGCACGCCACCGAGUCCGGGACGCCGAGGACCUGAUGGACCGCGCCCGCCAGGAGCUGGACAAGGCCAAGGACGCCGUCGGCAAAGUGGACAUCAAACCCCCGAGCGGCACCGGAGAUCCCAACAACAUGACGCUGCUGGCGGAGGAGGCUCGAACGCUGGCUGACAAGCACAAGAUGGACGCCGACCAGAUCGAGAAGAUCGCCAAAGACGCCAACGACACGUCGACCAAAGCGCACAACCUGCUGCUGAAGACUCUGGAAGGAGAGAGCAAGACGAGCCAGGAGAUCGACGAGCUCAACAAGAAGUACAACGAGGCCAAGGAGCUGGCCAAGAACCUGGAGAAACAGGCCAACAAGGUUCAGGCGGAGGCCGAAGACGCCGGAAACAAAGCUGUGAAGAUCUUCGCCAACCUGACGAGCGUCCCGCCGGUCGACACCAAAGCCCUGGAGGACGAAGCCAGUAAGAUCAAGAAGGAGGCGUCGGACCUCGACAAGCUCAUCGACAAGACGGAGAAGGAGUACAACGACCUGAGAGACGACCUGAGGGGCAAAGAGCAGGAGGUCCGCAAGCUGCUGGAAAAGGGGAGGAGUGAGCAGCAGACCGCUGAUCAGCUAUUGGCUCGAGCCGACGCUGCCAAAGCUCUGGCUGAGGAGGCGGCGAAGAAGGGACAGUCCACCUUUAAAGAGGCCGAGAGCAUCCUGGAGGACCUUCGGGACUUCGACAAGAGAGUCAACGACAACAAGACGGCGGCCGAAGACGCGCUGAAGAAGAUCCCCGCCAUCAACGCCACCAUCAUGGCCGCCAACCAGAAGACCAAGCAGGCGGAAGCGGCGCUCGGCAACGCGGCCGCUGACGCCCGAGAGGCCAAGAGCAAGGCGGAGGAGGCCGAGAAGAUCGCGGGCAACGUGCAGAAGGGCUCAGCCAAGACCAAGGAGGACGCAGAGAAGGCCUUCCAGGACACCAACACGCUGGACAACGAUGUGGGCGACAUGAUGGACCAGCUGGACGCCGCGGAGCAGGAGCUGCUCAGGAAGAAGGCCGAGGCCGACCGCGACAUGAUGAUGGCUGGAAUGGCGUCGGAGAACGCCAAGGAGGCCGAGGACAACGCCCGCAAGGCCAAGAGCGCCGUGAAGACGGUGCUGACCACCAUCACCGUGCUGCUGGAUCAGCUGGGACACAUUGACAAAGUGGACCUGAGCAAACUGAACCAGAUCGACGAGUCCCUGAAGAGGGCCAAGGGCAAGAUGGGGGACAGCGACCUGGACCGGAAGCUGACGGAGCUGAACGACGUGGCGCGGACUCAGGAGGACAUGAUCAACGACUACGACCGGCAGAUCCGCGAGAUCCGCGCCGACAUCGCCAACCUCAACGACAUCAAGAACACGCUACCCGAAGGCUGCUUCAACACGCCGUCUCUGGAGCGCCCUUAGUCCCGCCCCCCCCAUCACGUCUAACACUCUGGCAAACAUGCCGACUUUUACCAAAACAGUUUUUAAAUACAUGUUGUUUUUGUCCUCAGAUUCUUGUCUUUGAAGCCAAUAUCACGCCACGUUUUUGUUUCGUUUAAGAAAAGCAGCUGUUUUUGUGGUUUCGGUGGAAUGAACUUAGCCGAAAGGCGGAAGAACCUCAAGGUGGAAGAACCUCAGAGGAGAACCAGAACCACAAACCCGACGUGACUGCACAGACAGGAAGUGUCGGCUUGUAUUACCCAUCAUGCCCGGGGACAGCUACCUUUCCCGUCUUUACCUGUUAUUUUAAUGUUUAAUCAACCGUGUUCUCAGAAUCAACACCGUGAAGGAAUCUUCUUCUUCUUCCUCCUCUUCCUCUUUCUUCAGUAACAGUAUUUUCACCUCCAGCGUGGCGUUGAGUUAAGCCCCGCCCUCUUCGCUGGCGUCCACAAAACAUAUUGUUUUAAAUCUUGUGCGCACAAGAUGAAUCAGUGUCUCGUUCCCAGAAGAUAUGGAUCUUUGAUCUCGUCCCCCAAAGAUCAUAACUUGAAUCUCGAGGGACGAGAUUUUAAACUCUAUUUAUGUCUAUAACUUUAUGGACGUUGUGGGAGACAAUAAUAUAAUCAGAUAUAAUAUCAGUAUAAUCACAACAUAUGGAUCUUGGGUUCAGGUUGCAAGAUAUCAUAUGAAUGCUCAAGAUAUUAAAUUGUGUUUGUGCAAGAUUCAGAUCUUUUGGGAACAAACUUUUCUUGUGCUGCUUGUAGAAAAGCUGACUUCCUGUUCCCAUCGCCUUCGAUGUCUUUGAUAUCUUCACAUAAUCGAUAUCUCAGGAGGUCGGCGCUCUGCAGGCGCACAUUCAUAUCUUCCCUUUACACACAUUCAUAUCUUCCCUUUACACUCAUUAAUAUCUUCCCUUUACACUCAUUAAUAUCUUCCCUUAAUAUCUUCCCUUUACACACAUUAAUAUCUUCCCUUUACACUCAUUCAUAUCUUCCCUUUACACUCAUUCAUAUCUUCCCUUUACACUCAUUCAUAUCUUCCCUUUACACUCAUUCAUAUCUUCCCUUUACACUCAUUCAUAUCUUCCCUUUACACUCAUUCAUAUCUUCCCUUUACACACAUUAAUAUCUUCCCUUUACACUCAUUCAUAUCUUCCCUUUACACACAUUCAUAUCUUCCCUUUACACACAUUCAUAUCUUCCCUUUACACUCAUUCAUAUCUUCCCUUUACACACAUUAAUAUCUUCCCUUUACACUCAUUCAUAUCUUCCCUUUACACUCAUUAAUAUCUUUCUCCCGGCGAAACGCGACACUAUGCAACUUUGUACAUUUUGCGUAGCGAUAAUUUUUAUCUGAUACACUGGUGCUAAUAAUUAUUUCAAAUGUUAUAUUUUUGUGUGAAUGUUUUUUUUAUCAUGACAUAUAGAGUGAGGAUUUCUGUUAUUUGUGUAAAUAUAUGCUAAAAUGAUUCAGGACUGGCUGAUUUUUAAGAAACGAGACUCCAACGCAACAAGAAAAGCAGCUGAAUUGACUUCCAUCCAAUCAACGGAAACUCCAGUAAAAUAAAUAUAUAUAUGAGUAUCUAGGCUGACGUCAUAUGCUUGCUUGUAUACAAGCCUCAUAGCGAUGCUCUGAUUGGUCAGGACGUCCCGAGUCAUUCGCUCACACUAGCUCUACGUCGUGUACUGUGCCUUUAAGACGAGUUUGGUUGUAAUCUGUCCCGUAUUUCACAAAAUGUUCCUCAUGUCGAGACACACACACACACACACACACACACACACACACACACACACACACACACACACGAUUAUGAGCAGAGAAAGAUAAUUUGCUCACUUGUUUUACUUUAUGUUUUAUUCCGCUCUCCAGACGUGAUGCAUAAACAGAGUUUUAAGUUAUAACGUUCCAGCUGUGUGUUUAUCCUGUCGUCAUGGUUACAGCUCUGUGAGGACCUGAGUGAACUGUCUGUAAAUCCAAACCUAACAUUUGAAUAAUAAAAGAUUUACUACAGGAA